AUGGCGGCGGCGGCUGGACGGGCGAGGAACUGGAAUUGGGACUCCUUAAAAAGAGGACCGAACAAAACCCGCUGCCGGUAUCGGGUAAUAUGUCCCGCUCCUCUGCCGGCCGCUGCCGGUUGCGCCCUAUCAGUACCAGGUUUCUUCAUUCUGUCAUCACUAGACGAAGAGGAGUACAUUGCAGAAGAAAAAUUAUGGGAGACUCUACUAGGGGUAAAUCCAUAUUACUGGACUGGGAAUACAGAUAAAGCGUCUGAAUCCAACAGAAAUUUGGUUGAGGUGGCCUUGAAGAUUAAAGACAAUUAUAACAGGUAUAUGGAUGAUCACUUCAAUAAAAUUGAAGAGUUAAAUAUAACACUCGAUGUCGGGGACACAUUUGAUUAUGUCCGCAUUCACCCCCGUUCUCCUUCCCCGAGAUGCUUUUAUUGGUGGCACGGAAUGUUUUGGAUGACAAAUACUAACCCCAAGCUUCUUCAAUUCUUCUCACUGAGGUUUGCUGGUGAUUUCUCUCAUGGUCAGACAAUGUGUGUUUAUGGUUUCAUGGCAGUCCAUGAUGAUGUUGAUCAACUACGCAAUUAUAUCUUCAACCUAACAAGGGACCAUGCCCAAGAGAUAACUCCGGAUUCUCCUGAUCUGCGGUUGAUUCCCCCAGCUCGAGGGAUAUCUGCAACUUACAAUGUGAUGGUGGAAUAUAGUCUCAAGGUUAAAAGCAAUGGUAGUGAUGCUUCUGAAAAGGAUGAUGAGCUUAUCGAUGGUUGCUUUGAAGUGAAGCGGACUCCGUGCAGCGAUAUCCAGCUACGAAAUGUGCGGUUGUUCAGCUCUCUUGGUCCUAUCGAUGUCCGCUUCGCCAUCCUGAGGUAUGCAGUGGAGGCGACCAUAGACAUCGAGGUCAAGAGGGCAAUAGCUAGGUAUAACUUAAGCACAGUCACUGCAUCUACGUGUGGAUACGAGGACGAGAUUAUGUUAUAUGACAGUUCUGCACCUUGUCCUUUGGCUGCAUUAAAUUACGGUUCGUCAUCGCUGGUAGCUGUGGCAUCUGCUGUUGUGGCUGUGGAGCUGGGUUAUGACCUGAAACUAAGAAUUGGUAUUGCUACAGGCGAAGAAUUGAGCUUCCAUGAUCUCUUUUUCACCGCACAGAAGCACAACACUACCGAGGAAUUAAUAGUUAUAGACAGUAUAUUCGAGGUCGCUGUAAAGGUCACCUGGUCGACCAUGGGGAAACGUUUUCACCCGUUUUUUCAUAACAAUAGGAGCUUACUGGGUGAAAAUCCUGAUGGUCCAUGUUUAAACUGA